AUAUUUUAUACUGAAGUAGAAGAACUACAGACCCAAGGCAUUACUAUGGUGGAUAUCAACAAACUCAAAAAUGCUGGUAUUUGUACUAUUAGUGGUGUGCAAAUGAUGACCAAGAAGAAUUUAUUGAGAAUUAAAGGAUUAUCGGAAGCAAAAGUGGACAAAAUCAAAGACGCAGCUGCUAAACUUCAAAACUCUGGAUUUUUAUCUGGUAUAGAAGUGGCUCAAAAACGAGAACAAGUGUUGAAAAUUUCUACAGGAAGUCAACAACUGGAUAUUUUGUUGGGUGGUGGAAUACAAACCAUGUCCAUUACUGAAGCCUUUGGUGAAUAUCCUUUUAUCGAUACAGAAGGAACAUUUCGACCUGACCGGAUUCGUGCCAUUGCUGAACGAUUUGGAGUAGAUGCGGAACAAUGCUUGGAAAACAUCAUCGUAGCCCGUGCUUGGAACAGUGAUCAUCAGAUGGAUUUGAUGACAGAGAUUGCUGCACGAUUUGUACAAGAAAAAGGUGCCUAUCGAUUAUUGGUAGUGGAUUCCAUUAUUGCUUUAUUUCGAUGUGAUUAUGCUGGACGUGGUGAACUAGCUGAAAGACAACAAAAACUUAACCAAAUGCUUAGUCGACUGAUUAAGAUCUCUGAAGAAUACAAUGUAGCGGUCUAUUUGACAAAUCAAGUUUCCUCUGAUCCUGGCGCUGGAAUGACUUUUGUUUCUGAUCCCAAAAAACCUGUAGGUGGACAUAUAUUGGCUCAUGCAUCGGCUACUCGAAUUUAUUUACGAAAAGGACGCGGAGAAGAGCGUGUAGCCAAGAUUUAUGAUUCACCAGAUAUGCCUGAAAACGAAGCUAGUUAUGCAAUUAGUAUUGGUGGCAUUGUUGAUGUAUCCAUGUAG